GGGAAAUGCGAGCGACGGGAAGUUGACGGGAGAUUGACGGCGGGACGACGGGCGGAUGACAAACUGUCCGGUUUGGAGAAAAACGGACUGAUGAGAAACGUACGUUGGGACAUGCUUUGAGCUGGUUACUCGUACGAUCUUUUAGAGCACUCUGUUUGCCAAGGUCUACUCAACUCAACAUGAAAAAUCACACACUUAAAAAAAAAAAUCUCUGGUUUUUUGUCUAUUUACCGUUUUGGGAUCAUCCAAAAAGGUAACUCUUUGUUCGGCGUAGACUUGCCUCCGCAACGAGAGGGGGACCCGAACUUGAACGCACAUGCCAAAAAAACAUUGUGAAGUCGCUUAUUUGACAGCCAAACGCAUAUCUCCCGUCCCCAUUCAUCUUAUCCUCAUCACCUUUAUUCCCAACAAACACAACCCAAAAAUGCCUCUUACACACCCCACCACACUCGAAACCAUGGCCCAAGCAAUAGACCAAGAAAUGGACCAAGAAAUAGACCAAGAAGACCAACCCCCCUCCUACGACUCCCUCGACCCCUCCCCCCUCCUCGACACCCUAAUGGCCCAAGCCCGAUCCCAAACCCCUCCAAAAAAACCCCCACACAAAGACGACGAGGAUGUCCUAGAUAGACUAUGUGAGCGCCUCGUCGGGCUUGUCAAGGAAGCUACGGAAGCUGUUGAGGAUGGGGAGGUGGUCAUUUAUGAUAGUGAUGAGUUUGAAGAGGAUGAGGGUUGGAAUAUGGAGAGACGACAAUUUGUACGAAGUGUUGAGUAUCCGAAAGUGGGUCCGAAAUUGGAUUCGCAAUAUGACAUGCAUACGGUGCCCCAUGUGGAUUUGGGUCUACAUUGCCAUCACACCCAUAUCCCACCGAUAACGCCACCAACACUCUAUACAUCCCUAACAACGUAUUUAACUACCCGGAUCCCAAUGUUGAAACCAGCUGUGGAAGCCUUUCAUCGGCACGUCUAUGCAGCAUACACUGGAGCAAUAGGCUACGUCCUACCCAAACCCUAUUGCAACUGUCAUCAAACGACAAAAGCCAAGACGAGACGAGUCACGUUUUAAUUGGAUAUCUAUGCCUGGGUGGGUAUACAUGAAUAUAUGUUUUUAUAAAAAGAAAACCAAGUGUUGGUUUGCAUUGUAGAAUAGUUUUGUUUUUUUAGAUAAUGUGUAAUAUAGAGUAUAUUAGGAAACUAUGUUAUGUAACUGUAUGAUAUAGUGGUAUAAUACAAGAAUUCAACACGGC